AUGAUGCGGCUGCCUGUUUUCGGCAUGCUAAGGUCAAGGUGGGCACCUCAGGAUGAGAAGGGGCGCAGUCGUAUCACGACCCUGGGAGCAAAAGAAGGUGGGGCCACAUACGAGUUGAAGCAUGCGCGGGCAGUUCAUGAGCUGACGACGACUUCAUUGCUGAGAACGGACUGGCAGGACAAUGACGUUGCUCCUGCGCUGGUGGUCUUCGACUGGGUGGCUGCCUUUUGUGUGUUCUGCUUCACGUUUGCAUGGCAUUCGGAGCGGGCGACCUUUGUGUUUUGUGAUGAGGACGACACCAUACUUCCCACUGCGGCCCUGGCCGGCGCCAGGAAAUCCUGGCGAGGCAGCCACCAGUGGGGCCCGGGCUUCUUCGCUGCUCAGCGACUGGGCGGGGGCCAACAUGAGCUUCGAGAUUUCGACUCCUAUCUGGAAGCUUGUGGGGUUGCUGCACUCCAAGCUCUCCAGAAGGCCAAGCGCUUCGGCCGGGUGAUCAUCAUCACGAACUCGGGUUUUGGCUGGGUGCACGAGACAGCUUUGCGCUUUAUGCCCAUGCUCCUCAGCCAAGGCGAGCUCGAAGACAUCCCAGUGAUCAGCGCACGCGCGAUAUUUGAGCCCCUGGGUGUCCUGGAGCCUUAUCGCUGGAAGGUCCUAUGCUUUCGUCGCAUCGUAGACUGCUUUACGUUCGAUGCUGCCGGGAAAACAGGCCCAAGCAGCUUGAUCUCCAUCGGCGAUGGAUGGCAGGAGCCGAGACCUCAGAUGAGGGAGCAGCAGAUGCACGGCUGGUGUUCUGAGAACGAGCCCAGGCGAGUGGCGGCUAUGAUGGCCGCCCAGGAUGUGAACUUGUCUUGCGUCAAAUGCAUCAAAUUCUUGGAGCAGCCGGGUGUCGACCAGCUAGCGCAGGAGCUUGACUUGUGCUCACAAGUAUUCGAGGGUCUUGUGGGACACCCAAGUUGGGUAGAUGCCUGCUACAGUUACACGGAGGCGUGGGGAUUGCAGUUGGAAGCACGAGCAGCUGACACCUCUGCGCUCGGUGGAUCCUUCGCAGCUGUGCAGGGAACAGUGGAGGUGGUUUCUACUGACACUGUCAGAGCCUUUCGAACACUGGUUGUCGGUUGUGACCCGUCAAUUCAUCUGCACUCUUUGCUGAGGUUGAGGACGCAGGCGAGAAGCAUAGCCCAUGGCAUGUAG